AUGAGUGCGCCGUUCCACAAUUUUCGUGGGUAUUUAAACACCCAGUGGCACUUAAUGGGCUAAGUGCGGCGUCAUACAGUCACACUACAGAAUCUGGAAUAGCAUUUGAAUCGGAUAAAUUAAAUCGGCCAGCAGGCACGAAGGAAUUAACAAUAAUGGAAAUCAGCAUCAAGUGGAGCAUGUGUAGAACUUGCAAAAGUGAGGAGACCAUAAAUCUGCAACCGCUCUUCGAUUCUGAAUCAGCCCCCCGGCUUUUGAACGAGUAUGCGGGGCUGAAUGUGUCUCUGGACGAUGGCUUGCCUGACAAAAUAUGCAUCACUUGCAUUCAAAUGCUGGAAGAAGUGCACAGAUUUAUCACCACCUGUCAGCUGGCCGAUGAGCAGCUGAGGAGUCUCGUGCGCCAGGCAAUUUCCUCAACGUCGGUGCUAAAAGGACCCACAAGUACAUCGCCCGGCGUUGAAACGCGAAAACGUGCGAGAAAACAAACGAUUUUAGAAAGACAGGACAAGUAUCCCAAAUUGGAAUAUUCUGGGAACAAUAAUGUAACUGAUGAAAAAAGUCUGGGCGAAACAUUUCAAACGCUCGUUGAACUAUCAGAAGUUGCACACACAGUGCAGCCUGCUUCCACUGCAAAUGUAAGCGAGUCUUUUGAAAAUGCGGGCUAUCUGACCACCACAGACAGCGAAGAAUUCCAAAUAAACUACGGGGCCAAUGAGGACGUAGCACUAUGCAUAAACGUUGGCUCAUAUGAGGAUUAUCUCGUCAAAAGCGACGUGACACAGGAUAACUCCGCCCUAGAGCCAGAACCUGCCACCGUAUAUAAAAUAGAUCUCGGAGUAGCGUGCUCUCCAGAAAAGCACAGGUGCGUUGUCUGCAGCAACACUUACCACAGCUCGUCAAAACUUGCUGACCACAUACGCACCCAUCUGAACGAGAGGUCCUAUGAAUGCGAAGUUUGCCUCAAACGCUUCACCACCAGCUGCAACCUGAACACACACAUCAGAACCCAUACGGGGGAGAAACCAUAUAAAUGUGAACAUUGCUCGCGUUGCUUUGCCGAUCGCAGCACACAUCGCAAGCACGAACGCAUGCACACGAAUGAGCGACCAUACGCCUGCACCAUUUGCGAGAAAAGCUUUUCACUAUCCUCCACCCGAAAGGCACACAUUCUAACGCACUCGAAGGAGAAGGCUCACGCGUGUUUAAAGUGCGACAAGAAAUUCCGUUUGCCGCAUCAGUUAAAAGCUCACCUAAAGACUCACGCACAUAUGACGAUGGAAGACGAGGAUCGUGAUCCCCCGUCCAAGUCAGAAAACAAAUAAACAAAUAACUCUUCUAUUAGUCUAGCUUAUAUUG